AUGACCGAGGCGGCGCUGGUGGAGGGCCAGGUCAAGCUGCGGGACGGCAAGAAGUGGAAGAGUAGGUGGCUGGUGCUGCGCAGGCCGUCGCCGGUGGCAGACUGCCUGCUGAUGCUGGCCUACAAGGACAAGCUGGAGCGGGUCAAGGGCCUGCGGGAGCGCAGCAGCCUGAUGCUGGAGGACAUCUGUGGCCUGGAGCCGGGCCUGCCCUACGAGGGCCUGGCCCACACGCUCGCCAUCGUCUGCCUGUCGCAGGCCGUCAUGCUGGGCUUCGAGAGCCGCGAGGCCAUGUGUGCCUGGGACACCCGGAUCCGCUACGCGCUCGGGGAGGUGCACAGGUUCCCCGUGACGGUGGCCCCGGGCACCCAGCUGGAGAGCGGCCCCGCCAGCCUGCACCUCUGCAACGACCUCCUGGCGGUGGCCCGGGACGUGCCCCCGGUGGUCACCGGGCAGUGGAGGCUGCCCGACCUGCGGCGCUACGGGGCCGUGCCCAACGGCUUCAUCUUCGAAGGGGGGACCAGGUGUGGGUACUGGGCCGGAGUCUUCUUCCUGUCCUCGGCUGAGGGAGAGCAGAUCAGCUUCCUGUUCGACUGCAUCGUGCGCGGCAUCUCCCCCACCAAGGGCCCCUUCGGGCUGCGGCCUGUCCUCCCAGACCCGAGCCCCGGGGGGCCGGGCGCCCUGGAGGAGCGCGUGGCCCAGGAGGCCCUGGAGGCCCUGCAGCUGGAGAAGCGGCUCAGCCUCCUCUCGCACUCGGGCCGGCCGGGCAGCGGAGGGGAUGACCGCAGCCUGUCCAGCUCGUCGUCGGAGGCCAGCCACUCGGACGUCGGCGCCGGCAGCCGGCUCCCCGCGUGGCCCGAGCCGUCCUCGUCCUCUGGCGGCGCAUCCCAGGAGGGGCCCGGGCCGGCGGCAGCCCCCGCCCCCGGGGAGGCCGGGCCGGGCGCCUCCAGGCCGCCCCCCAAGCCCCGGCCGCGGCAGCUGCAGGAGGUCGGCCGCCAGAGCUCCUCGGACAGCGGCAUCGCCACCGGCAGCCACUCCUCCUGCUCGGGCAGCUUCUCCUCCUGCGCGGGCAGCAGCCUGGACGUGUGGCGCGCCGGCGAGGAGUUCGGCUCGCUGCUCAGCCUGCCCCCGGCCGCCGGGGGCCCUGAGCCCCGCCCGUGCGCCUGCCCGCCGGGGCCCGCGGAGUACCAGGUGCCCACGGCCUGGCGGCACCACUAUGACACGCCCCGCAGCCUGCGCCCGGCGCCCCGGGACCAGCCUCCUGCUGCAGCCGCCGGGGAGCCCAGUGACUCAGGUGGCCAGCCUGUGCCCACGGGGUGCCCCUCCAGCGGGCCGGGCGCACGGCCGCGCGGACAGGUGACUGAGGCCUCGGGCAGCGAGCCGGCGGGGCCGGCUCCCACCUGCUUCUCCACCUGUCCCAUGUGUGGGGGUCUUAGGGUGAAGCCCCCGCCCUGA